UUCACAGCACAAACAUAACUCCGGCCACCAACAGGAACACAGAACCUUUCCUUCCGAGUGUUGUCCCCUUAGCGAGUACUUCCGAGGGCAUCCACCAUGGAAGUGGAACAAUUGGAGAUACUUUGUAAGCAGUUCUACGAAUCGCAGGACGCUCAGCUGUGCGCCGAAGCCGAAAAGGCGCUCUACCUGUUCCAGGAAGACAGCGACGCGCUCUCCAAGUGCCAGAUACUGUUGGAUCGGGCCGAUUCGAGCUACUCGCAACUGCUGGCCACCACCACCCUGACCAAGCUGGUGACGAAAAACAUCCAAGUGCUGCGCAUACAGCAGCGUGUCGACAUCCGCAACUAUGUGUUAACGUAUCUGGCCAACCGGCCCAAUCUGCAGUCGUUCGUGAUCCAAGCGCUCGUGUCGCUACUGGUAAAGAUCACGAAGCUGUGCUGGAUCGACAUGCACGAGCGGGAGCUCGUGUUCCAGAACAUUCUGCAGGACGUGAAAGAGUUCCUCGGGGGCUCGGUCGAGCACUGCAUGAUCGGCGUCCAGAUCCUGUCGCAGCUGACGGUGGAAAUGAACCAGCAGUCAGAAACGGCGGGAAAUCUCAACACGCUCAAGCAGCGGCGAAUCGCGUGCCUCUACCUGGACUCGAAGCUGUACGACAUCUUCAUUCUCGCCUGUUCGCUGCUCAGCCAGGCCAAGGAUAAUAUGUGCAAAAAUCUCAAGUACCCCGACGAAGCGCAGCAGGGUUUGUUUACGCACCUGCUCGAGCUGGCCCGCAACUGUCUGAGCUUCGACUUUAUCGGUGCGACGGCGGACGAGUCAUCGGAUGACAUUUCAGCCGUGCAGAUACCGACGAAUUGGCGGCCGGCCUUUCUCGACUCCGAGUCGGACUCGCUGAAGUUGUUUUUCGAUCUGUACCACGUGUUGCCGGCCCGUCUCUCCAGUUUGGCCCUCGCCUGUCUCGUGCAGAUCACCUCCAUUCGCCGGACGAUAUUCAGCAAUCCGGAGCGCAUCAAGUUUCUAACUAAGCUGGUGAAGGGUACGACGGACAUUCUGAAGACAUCACAUGGUUUGAGCGACCCGGAAAACUACCACGAGUUCUGUCGACUACUGGCCCGCCUCAAGUCAAACUACCAGCUAAGCGAACUGGUCACCGUGGAAAACUAUCCCGAGGCGAUUCAACUGAUCGCCAACUUCACCGUACAGUCGCUGCAGAUGUGGCAAUCGGCCCCGAACAGCAUUCACUACCUGCUGUCGCUUUGGCAGCGGCUCAUUGCGUCGCUGCCGUACGUGAAAACGACUGAGCCGCACUUUCUGGAAACGUACACGCCCGAGGUGACGAAGGCGUUCAUCACUUCGAAGCUCGACGCCGUGCCGAUGAUUAUCAGCGAAGGGAUGGACGAUCCGCUCGACGACCAUGGCAUGGUGCAGCAGCAGUUGGAUCAGUUCUCGACAAUCGGUCGCUGCGAGUACGAUAAAACGUGCACCCUGCUGGUGCAGCUGUUCGAUCAGACGGCCACACGCUACCAGGACGUGCUGACCAACACGACGCAGGGCACCGUCAAUCCCAUCGAGCUGCAGGUGUGCGAGGGCCAGCUGACGUGGCUGGUGUACAUCAUCGGGGCGUCGAUCGGUGGUCGGAUCGCGUACAGCUUCGACGAUCACAACGUGCUCGAGGGAGACAUGAUCAUUCGGGUGUUGCAGCUUAUGCGGAUGACCGAUUCACGGUUGCUGCAGUGUGGCUGCGAGAAGCUCGAGCUGGCCUUCAUGUUCUUCCUGGAGCAUGUGCGCAAAAUCUACAUCACCGAGCACAUGCAGAAGCAGAAGAUGUUUCCGCGACUGUCGGAGGUUCUGGGAGUCGGUGAUGACGAUACGACUAUGCUAACAAUUACCAGUCGGAAAAUCAUUACGAACCUGAAAUAUCUCGGCCACUCGGAGCAGGUGCUACGCAAAACGCUCGCCCUGUUGAGCGAUUUAACGCUAAUAUGUACCUCGGUUAGGAAGCUCAUCAAGCUGGAGGAGAUACAGUUUAUGUUAAACAAUCGUACGCGCCAACACUUUUCGUUCCUCGGUUCGGGUGCCGUGGCGGCGUCGCGUUGCCGCAGCAUGUUUUACACCUGCCUCGGCCGCCUGCUGAUGGUCGAUCUGGGCGAGGACGUCGAACGCUUCACCACCUUCAUGAUGCCGCUGACGCACACGAUCGAGAACAUCAUCAUGAUGAACUUCCCGAGCGAGGAGUCAAAAAAGGAGCUGAUCGGGUUGUCACGUGAUCUCCGAGGCCUGGCUUUGGCCUUUAACGCAAAGAUGCCCUACAUGAUGCUGUUCGAUUGGAUCUACCCGGAAUAUUCGCCCAUCCUGAUCCGUGCGGUGCAAAUAUGGGCACACGAUCCAACGGUAACGACGCCGGUAUUGAAGCUCUUCACCGAACUGGUCUACAACCGCUCGCAGCGAUUGCAGUUCGAUGUCUCUAGUCCCAACGGCAUCCUACUUUUUCGGGAAACGUCCAAACUGAUCUGUUGCUAUGGUGAAAGCAUUCUCUCGCUGAACGUGUCCAAGGAGCAGAUGUACCCAAUGAAGCUCAAAGGCAUCUCGGUGUGCUUCCAGAUGCUAAAGGCCAUCCUGGGCGGUUACUAUGUCAACUUUGGCGUCUUCAAGCUGUACGGCGACAGUGCGCUCGACAAUGUGCUAAACAUGACCGCCAAACUGAUCCUAACAAUCCCGCACGAGGAGAUUUUGGUUUAUCCGAAGCUGUCACUGUCAUACUACACCAUUAUCGAGUGUUUGGCACAGGAUCAUAUCUCUUAUCUUUCCACGCUCGAGCCACCACUGUUUCUGUACAUUCUCGAGAGCAUAUCACAGGGGUUGAAUGCUUUAGAGGCCCUGGUGUGUUCCGGUUGUUGCUCAACGUUAGAUCACAUUGUGACGUACAUUUUUAAGCAAAUGCAACUGAAAGUGUCCACAUUCCCCAACAAGAAACUCCGGCAGGGUGUGCCGCCGGAAAACAACAUGUUCCUCAAGGUGAUCAAAAUGCACCCGGAGAUCCUGCAGGGUUUGCUGUCGACCAUGAUGAACAUUGUGAUGUUCGAAGAGUGCAAACACCAGUGGUCCAUGUCGCGGCCACUGCUAGUACUGAUACUGCUGUAUGAAGAUUACUUCCGACAAAUACGCGAGACAGUUAUUCAGUCGCAGUCCGUCGACAAACAACCAACUAUGGCCCGGCUAUUCGACAUUCUAAUGGACGGCAUCGAACGAAACCUGUUAAAUCGGAACCGAGACAAAUUCACUCAAAAUCUUUCGCAGUUCCGUCGUGAUAUCAACGAAUGCCUCAAGAUCAGCACACAAGCCAAUCCUUCGCCAAACGAAAUGGUUGACUAGAAUGAGGACUCGUGGGAGGCAGACGUGCUGGUGGAUUCCGUCGACGGUGGCGACUUUGUGGUCCUGUUUGAAAUUUAAAGGCAAUUGGGCAUGCGACGAUGCAACGCGACGAGCCGAAAAGACGGAUGGGACGACAUAACAGUCUUGCGGUGGUAACUGUCUA